AUGAUAAAGAACAACCAAACUGUCAUCACCCAGUUCCUUCUCCUGGGCCUACCAACAUCCCCAGAGCAACAACACCUGUUCUAUGUCCUGUUCCUGGCCAUGUACCUCACCACCAUCAUGGGAAACUCCAUCAUCAUCAUACUCAUUCUUCUGGACUCCCAUCUCCACACACCCAUGUAUAUGUUCCUUGGCAACUUGUCUUUCUCUGAUCUCUGCUUUUCCUCUGUCACCAUCCCAAAGUUGCUGCAGAAUAUGCAGAGCCAAGACACAUCCAUUUCCUACCCUGGCUGUCUGACACAAAUGUACUUUUACAUGGUUUUUGCAAACCUGGAGAACUUUCUUCUUAUGGUCAUGGCUUAUGACCGCUAUGUGGCCAUAUGUUUUCCCCUUCGUUAUACCAGCAUCAUGAGUCCCAUUCUCUGUGUUUGUCUGGUGUUUAUGUCCUGGGUAAUUAGCAUGCUGAGUUCCAUGUUGCACACUCUACUUGUUGUUAAAUUGUCAUUCUGUGAGGACAAUAUAAUCCCCCACUUUUUCUGUGACAUAUCUGCCCUGUUCAAGUUGGCUUGCUCUGACAUUCAUAUUAAUGAACUAUUGAUAUUUUACUUGGGAGGAACAAGUAUUGUCAUCCCAUUCUUUCUCAUUGUUGUGUCCUAUAUACAAAUUGUCUGGUCCAUUCUAAAUGUUUCAUCUACUCGGGCCAUCCACAAGGUCUUCUCUACGUGUGGCUCCCACCUGUCUGUGGUCUCACUGUUCUAUGGAACAAUUAUUGGUCUCUACUUAUGUCCAUCAGCUAACAACUCUACUGUGAAGGAGAUUGCCAUGGCUAUGAUGUACACAGUGGUGACUCCCAUGCUGAAUCCCUUCAUCUACAGCCUGAGGAAUAGAGAUAUGAAAGGAGCACUGAUAAGAGUCCUCUACAAGAAGAAAAUCUCUUUAUAA